AUGGGCGAGAUGAGGACGGUGAGGUUCGCAGGGACGCCAACCACGCAAAGCCCUGAUCCCCCAACAACGACGGCAGAAUGCGGCGUCCCCACGCCCACGGUCGCCCUAGAUCUCCCGACAACCGGGGCGGCGACGCGCUGGAUUGCAUCCGUGGUGUGCACGGUGGCCGAGCGGGUGCUCGAGACGGACCCGGCCGCCCUGUUCACCAGCAUUUGGAUCUGGGAUCUCUUCCCCGGCUUCGCGGUCCAGGGCACGAUGGGCUCGAGCGCGAUUCGGGCGAUUGACGGGGUGUCCAACGUGUGGCAGUCGCAUAUUCUCGGGCUCAUCGAUUAG